AUGACUACGGCAGAAAUAUUUGUCACGCGUGUGUCUGGUUGUACAACAACUGUUAUCAACAUUGCCGAAGAUGCAACAGAAAUAAUUCAGAAAAAUUAUCAAACAGAGGCUUCCAACAGACAAGGAAAUCGUUUGAAUAGACUUCGCAAUAGGAUAUACUCAGACAAGUCUGGAUUCUCACAAUUCUUAUUUACGAUCUUCUUGGCUUUGCUAGUCAUGAUCGUUUUAGUAACUCUCCUGUUGGUGUUCAGUCAGCCGGCGUCUACUUCGCCGUUGUCCUCUGGUCCUUUCGAAUGGCCAGGCCCAUCCGAUAGCGUUGAAGGUCAUUUUGAAAAAGCCGCCGUAACGACAGAUAAUGGAAUCUGUUCAGAAAUCGGAGGAAACAUUUUGAAAAAAGGAGGAAAUGCCAUCGAAGGUUCUAUAGCUGUCAUGUUUUGCUUAGGAAUUGUUAAUCCACAAUCCAGCGGGCUUGGCGGAGGAUUUCUCAUGACUUUGUAUAACAAAACCGAAGGCAAAUGUAUAGCAAUCGAUGCACGUGAAAGUGCACCCGCUGCUGCGUUUGAAAAAAUGUUCAUUGGAGAUAGUGACGGAUCGAAAUACGGGUUCAAAGCUGCUGCCGUCCCCGGCGAACUAGCAGGAUAUUGGUAUACUUUCACAAGAUUCGGCUCAGGCAAAGUACAAUGGAAAGAUCUCAUUGAGCCUUCUAUCCGCUUGUGCCGUGAAGGUGUCCCUGUUUCACAAUAUUUAGAUGAUGUAAUGAAAGUCAAAGAAAGACACUUCAGAUUAUUCCCAAGCAUGAAAGACUGGAUCAAUCCGUCCACAAACGCCACAUACAAAGUCGGAGAUCUUCUCCCUCGACUGAAACUAGCUAACACCUUAGAAAAGAUAGCUGAGAGCUCGGAUCCCGUUGAGUUGUUCUAUCGUGGGGAAAUGACUGAGGUCAUGGCAAAAGAGUUCGAGAACGGAGGUGGAAUAAUAACCAAAGAAGACUUCGCAAACUAUAAAGUGCGGGUUUACGAGACAGCACUUAUCAACGACCAUUUCCGAGGUGACUUAGUUAUGUGUGGAGGACCCCCACCCUCAUCUUUCGCAGUCACUCAACUCGCUGUCUCCAUCAUGAGCAGACUUUACCCAGAAGGACAUAACAUAGACAUUCAGUCUGACCCAAUCGCUACGCAUCACUUCAUAGAAGCAAUGAAGUUUGCUUAUGCACAAAGAACUCUCCUCGGAGACCAUGACUUCGUCUCAGGAGCCUUAGAACUUUCACAAAAUUUAACAACUCAGAGCUACUUGGAUUGGGUUAUUUCUCGCGUUCAAGACAAAGCACAACCCACAGAAAGCUACGGAGGGAUCGAUCAAGCUCAUGUACCUGACCAUGGAACUUCACAAGUAACCAUUCUUGACGAGUACGGAAAUGGUGUCUCUUCCACUACAACAAUCAACAGAUGGUUCGGUGCUGCCGUAGAGUCAGAAGCAUACGGAAUUUUAUGGAACGACGAAAUGGACGAUUUCUCAACUCCGGGAAUGGCUAAUGGAUUUGGUUUUGCUCCUUCUGAGACCAACUUUAUCGCUCCAGGAAAAAGACCAAUGAGCAGCAUGAGCCCAAUGGUAAUUUUCAACAAGAAAACUAAAGAGCCCCGCAUGGUUAUUGGCGGAUCGGGUGGCUCAAAAAUCAUCUCAUCAGUUGCAAAGGCAGUAAUCCGCUCUCUAGUUUUUGGCCAAUCAAUCAAAGAAGCAAUUGAUUCACCCAUGAUUCAUAAUCAGUUCACACCAGAUAUCACUCAACUUGAUGAUUCUUUCCCCAAGGAGCUGAAAUCGGUCCUUGAAUGGAAAUACGGACAGAAAUUCAGAAAUACUACAGGAUUUGAAGGAAUCGUUCAAGGCAUUACCUCUGGCACCGAUGGAAUUUCAGCUAGUGGUGACUUCCGACGAAAAACAAAGCAAGUCCCUGCAGGAUAUUGA